AUGUCUAACUCGCUUCUUAGUGCGUGUGCCCAGGCUCAAUUUGAUCAUGAGUUUCGUCAGCUUACAGAAGACUCGACACUAUUCUAUACCGAUGGGUCCAAGGUUGACCACAAUCUUUGCGUGGAUGCUUCUGUUUUCUCUCCGCAGUUACACGCUGAGCUUAUGCAUAAACUUUCGCCAUAUACCUCGAUCCUCUCGACUGAAGCCUAUGCGAUAUACACUGCUAUCACCAUAGCUAUUGACUUAAAACUGUCUGACGCAACGAUCAUUACGGACUCUCUUAGUGUCUUAGAGACAGUCAAGAAUCACCAUAAUCCUAAGAACAAUUACCUUAUCCCUCUGAUCAAAUCGGUGUUAGAGGAGGCUGGGAGGAAUGGCACAAGCGUUAAGUUCAUUUGGAUUCCGUCACACAGGGGCAUCGAGGGGAAUGAGAAAGCAGACCAACUUGCUAAGCGUGCUAUUCGGUGCGGUAUUGAACCUAAUUUUAAGGUACCUUAUUCGGAUCUCUGCGCAGUUAUUAAAGAAAAAAUUUCUAACAGUUUCUAUUAA